AUGGCUCUAGCUGACGAUGGCAAAGACGACGAUGCUGUUGGGCAGCUUGCCGCAGUCGAUGUGGAGAAGGCGGAGCUUGGAAGCACAACGGACGCAUCUACAGACGUGCCCCUAACCCACAACAAGCUCGACCAGAGCCGCUUCUCCAUCGCCAACGCGGUGAAUCUGUCUCUCGACGAUGUCGAGCCCACUGAUGUGCAGAUCCGGGGACUGACCAUUGCCGUCGAUACUUCUCCUUCAUGGCUGGACCCUUCUACCUAUCCCGAGCUGUUCUCUGCCAAGUUGAAGGCUGCACCACGCAUCAAGACACUCUUGCAUUCGGUUGAUGCUAGCUUGAAGCCCGGGACACUGACUGCCAUCAUAGGCGGCAGUGGUUCCGGCAAGACUACGCUGCUCAAUAAUCUCGCUGAGAGAGUUGUCAGCUCGAGACUCAGUCAACAGGGGCUCGCAACGUUUAAUGGCCGGGUGGGCGUGAACAGUGUUCGACAUGCCUAUGUGAUGCAGCAAGAUAUCCUAUUGCCGACUCUGACAGUUCGGGAGACGUUGAGAUACUCAGCUGACCUUCGACUCCCAUCCUCGACUAGUGCUGAAGACCGCGAGAGAGUCGUCGAGGAGGUCAUUCGUGAGCUAGGCCUCAAAGAAUGCGCAAACACUCGCAUAGGAAACAGCCAACACCGAGGAUGCUCCGGAGGCGAAAAGAGACGUGUGAGCAUUGGUGUUCAGCUCCUGGCAAACCCAUCCGUGCUCUUCCUCGACGAACCAACCACCGGCCUCGACGCAACGAGUGCGUUCCAGCUCGUACGAACUCUCAAAUCACUGGCGCAAAAGGGCAGAACCGUCAUCACCACAAUCCACCAGCCCCGAUCGGAAAUCUGGGACCUGUUCGACAACCUCGUCAUCUUGUCCAAGGGCAGUCCCGUCUUCUCAGGCCCCGUCUCGGAAUGCCUCCCCUGGUUCAAGGAGCUUGGAUACCAACUACCGCUGUUCGUCAACCCGGCAGAAUUCGUCAUCGACAUUGCUGCCGUGGACAAUCGCACCACUGAACUAGAAGAAGAAACCUCUACCCGCCUCGAGAGAUUGAAAGCGGCAUGGAAGAUUGAAAGCGAAAGUCGUUUUCCACCUAUACAGGACAUUGCUGUGAUGGGAAAACGCAAGAAGCGCUCGCAGGCGGCGACGCAUGCAGGCUUCUUCCGCCAAGUGCGAAUUCUAACAGACCGGACUCUGAAAGUCACAUACCGGGAUCCCCUCGGCAUGACGGCCUCUCUGGUGGAGGCUGUCAUAAUGGGAGUUGUGAUUGGGUACUUGUUUUUCAACCUUGGCCGUGAUCAGGCUGGCAUCCGAUCCCGCGAAGGUCUCCUCUACAUCGCAACCGGUCUUCAGGGCUACUUGAUUCUCAUGUUUGAAACGUAUCGCUUGACCAUCGACAUGCCAACAUUUGACCGCGAGUCAUCAGAGCACUGCGUCGAUGCUGUACCUUACAUCUUGUCCCGGCGCUUGGCUCGUCUCAUCACAGAAGAUUUUCCCGUGCCGUUCUUGUUUUCCCUCAUCCUGUAUUUCAUGGCUGGGUUCGAUCACAAUGCCGCAAAGUUCUUCACCUUUUUCAGUAUUGGCUUUGUCAACCAUUACGUUUGCGUCAUGUGUGCUUUCACAUGCGUAGUGGCGGUGAGGCACUUCCCAGGGGCGAGUUUGAUUGCCAAUUUUGCUUUUACAAUGCAGAGUUUAGCAUGCGGAAUGUUCAUACAGAGCAAUACUAUUCCGGUUUAUGUUCGAUGGCUGAAAUGGAUUACUUGGUCGUUUUAUACCUUUGGAGCCUACUGUGGAAAUGAGUUUCAAGGCAGCUUUUAUGACUGCCCUGAGUCGGGUGGCCCUUCAAACCCUGCCUGUCUUCAGUAUACUGGAGAGUUCAUCAUGUCUUCACUUGGUUUCCCCAGAAACUGGGUUGCCCGUCCUAUUGUCUGCCUUGCAUCCUUUGUCGUCUUUUUCUUCAUCUUGUCAGCCAUUGGGCUGCAUUAUAUCAAAGUCGAAAUGACCAUUGCUCGAUCGCGAGUUUCAGAUACAGAUUUGUCAGCCGGAAAAGAGAAGAUGACAGCACGAUCCAUCGCAGAAGUUCGAGCCAUCGAUGUUGAGCUGGAGAAUUUCUCUCUAGAUCUCGAUAAACGAGCCUUGAAUGGCAAGAAGUUGCCGCGAAAGAAUAUACUCAAGCCAAUCAAUGUGAAUUUUCAGGCUGGUACACUGAAUAUCAUCAUGGGGCCGUCUGGCAGUGGGAAAACAUCGCUGCUCAAUUCAAUGGCGCUGCGACUGCGCAACUCGAUUGGCACUCACUACCGCCCAUCUGGGAAAAUGUCCUUCAACGGUGCAGUUCCGUCCGCUUCGGUUGUUCGAUCGGUGUGCUCAUACGUCUGCCAAGACGACGAUGCUCUUCUGCCUUCGUUGACGGUUCGUGAGACACUGCGCUUUUCAGCUGCACUGCGGUUGCCAUCUUUUAUGAGCAAACAAGAAAAAUACCAACGCGCCGAAGAGGUGCUCAUGAAGAUGGGCUUGAAAGACUGUGCGGAUAAUAUGAUAGGCAAUGAUUUGGUCAAAGGCAUCUCGGGAGGAGAGAAGCGACGAGUAUCCAUUGCUGUGCAAGUCCUCACUGACCCUCGAGUACUUCUCCUUGACGAACCAACAUCUGGAUUGGACGCUUUCACCGCAAGCUCGAUAAUGGAAGUUCUUCAAGGCCUUGCGAAUGAAGGUAGAACGCUCAUCCUGACUAUUCAUCAACCUCGAUCGGACUUGUUCAGGCACUUUGGCAAUGUAUUGCUGCUUGCCCGUGGCGGCUCCCCAGCCUAUGCUGGUCCUGCCAAAGAUAUGCUUAAUUACUUUAGCAAACAGGGGUAUCAGUGUCCCCAGCAUUCAAAUCCAGCUGAUUUUGCCCUGGAUAUGAUUACCGUCGACCUGCAGCGAGAUGACAGAGAGGCAGAGAGCAGGGAGCGAGUGGGAAAACUCAUCGAGCACUGGAAGAAGCAUUCAUCCGAGGCAGACUCCGAACCUCGACGCAAAUCCUUCAACAAAGCCAACCUUUCAACGCCAGCAGAACUCGGCGCCCUCGUCCAUGAGCCGACUUCUCUCGCCACCGCCUUGCCUCUACUCCUACAUCGUGCCGCCAUUAACACGCGCCGCCAACCCCAGCUCAUCAUGGCCCGUACGAUGCAAGUGGUUGGAUUGGCCAUCAUCUUCGCCCUCUUCUUUGCGCCGUUGCACCACGACUACUAUGCCGUGCAGAACUGGAUGGGCUACAUACAGGAAGUCGGCGCCUUUUAUUUCGUCGGGAUGCUGCAGAAUGUGGCCAUCUAUCCAACCGAGCGAGAUGUCUUUUAUCGAGAAGACGACGACGGAGUAUAUGGCGUCGAUGCAUUCCUGCUCUCGUACACAAUCCUCGAGGUUCCCUUUGAGAUUCUCAGCUGCUUGGUUUUCGGCAUCCUGAUGUGUCUCGCCGUCGGCCUUCCCAGGACAGCAACCAUGUACUUUGUCUCAGUGUUUGGCUGUUUCGGCAUCGUCUCAUGCGGCGAAAGCCUCGGCAUCAUGUUCAACACCGUCGUCAGCCACAUCGGCUUUGCGGUCAACAUCAUGGGCAUGUUCCUCUCCAUUGCCAACGCCAUGGCCGGCAUCCUUUCCAUCGACGCUCCAAAGGCCUUCAAGGCGCUCAACUACCUCUCGCCGAUCCGGUAUUCGCUGCGCGCCAUCGCUCCCUACGCCCUGCGCAACGAGAAGUUCUACUGCAAGCCGGAGCAGCUACUCGCAGAUGGCACGUGUCCGAUUGAAACGGGUAAGCAGGUACUGCAGCUGUAUGAUUUCGACGACAAUCCGGUGGUGAAUGUGGCAGCUUUGGCGGGAUGUGUCGUUGUGUAUCGGCUGCUGGCCUGGCUUUUGUUGAAGUUGGCGAGGGCACGAUGGGGCAGCUCCAAGAAGUAG